AUGGAUGUUUGUGGCAGUAAGCUCAGGAUGCACACAUUAGACUAAGCUGGCUCGAGGGUUUCAGCAUAGCUGUCACUUGGGGUAUAUAAGUGCUAGCUAUCUUCAGUUGUCACGGCUCUCACCUGGGACAUGAACGGGGCACUUUUCUCGGGUGGAUCAUUUCAAGAAAAUAAAAGAGGGUUGCUUUUCCUUCCCCACAGCUGUGCAUGAAGGAGUCGAGCGAGGUGCUGCGAGGCCAGAUGCAGUGUAUGAUGCGGACCCUCCACGAUCUCAAGAGGGAUCACGACCGAGAGCGGCAACUGGAACCCCAGGAGAUACGGCUGCCCUCAGCUCUGCCUCCCUCAAAGUCCUGUGUCAGCCCACGGAUAUCAGCUAUCUCGGAAGCGGAUUCUGCCUGUUGCUUGGAAGGGGCUGUGGAAGAAGAGGUUGCUUUCUCUCCACCCAGCAGCGAGCGGAGUCUGGAGUUCGAUUCAGGCUAUUCAGAAGUAUCCGGGAACAGCUGGCGGGACGAGGAAGGCCCCCCACCCCUGAGAGCCAGUAAGCUUUCCUCAGGGGGCUUCCUACGUCGUCGGGUGCCAGCCAGGAGGCCCCGGCCAAAAUCGGCUUCAGAUGCCUGCCUAGAGCGGUGGCGGGAUGGUGAGCCCUCCGAUGCGGGUGACUGGACAGUGUCCCUCUUGUCCCAGAGUCGUAACCGCCAACCCCUUGUGCUGGGGGACAACUGCUUUGCUGACUUAGUGGAGAACUGGAUGGACUUGCCUGAAGAAAGCGGAGAACGGGGGUGGCUGCAGCGUUGGCUGGCCAAGCCCCAUGGCUUCUUGCUUAACCUCUCAGGCAACGUUCGCCGCAGGCUGGCUGGCAUCUCCCGCACGGAGCGCACCAAGCAGGAUCGGGACGGCACCAAACGCUUCUCUUGCCCUGCCGGUCUGGAUGGGCGCCCUUCAUUACCCUACUUCCACCAGUCCCAUGCCAACAUCAGCGAGCUUUCUACAGACUGCAGCAGCUUUGCUGCCCUAAUGAACUGCCGAAGUCGGCAGCCCAUCAUUUGCAACGAUGUGAUUGGCUACAUCUAG